ACAGCAUAGCAGGGGAAAAGAAAAAACAACAAAGUGAGAAAGAGCAAAACAGAAGCAGCGGAGAAGGAAGCGUUAAUUAAGGGGAGUAGGGAGUCCUCUCUCUUCCCUUCUCUUUUUCCCGUCCAAGUCCCUCUCUCUCUUCCCUCUGUUUUCCUUUUUCCUGUCCAACUCCCUCUCUCUUUCUUCCCUCUAACUUUUCUCCCGUCCAACUCCCUCUUUCGGUGCACCAUCCAUAACUCAAAAAAUUAAAACUCAAGAAUCCAAUCCAAAAAUCUAGAAUCCUCCAUUUCAAAAAAACCAGAUUCUCAACACCUACAAAUCGACUUGGCCAUCUCUGCAAAUCCAUUUUACAAAGAUCCCGUCUUUGGGAAAUUUGGGUUUCAACGGAGACCAUCGGCGGGGAUUUGGGUUUCGACGGAGACGAUUGGCUACGAGGACGGUGCGAAGUCCAAGGUGAAGCGAAGCAGGUGUUGGAGACGGGGAUUAGUAAUCCUCUCCUCUGAAGGGUCUCGCUAAGACCACCUAGCGAAGGAGUUAGUCGACACUAGUCCGACUUAGUCCCAUUAAAAUCAGUCUGGCUCGCACCAAACACAGACAAGUAAGCCAGUCCAGUAAAGCUUAACGAGAUUGAAGAUGACUGACACAGUUGUCCCAAGUUUAAUUGUUCAUGAACUUCUGAACCAAAAUAACUAUGAAGAUUGGAGUUUGCGAGUUAAAACCUACCUGUUGGCAAAAGAUCUAUGGGAGGUUGUGGAAGCCACCACUGAGCCUCCUAAACGAGAAGAUGGUGAAGUUGAAUAUAAAGCUUGGAGGAAGAGUAAUGCCGAGGCUUUGCACUCCAUCCAAAUUUCUUGUGGGGAGGAUACUUUCUCUUUUAUUAGGGGCACUAGCACAGCCAAAGUUGCCUGGGAUAUUUUGGCAGAAAAGUUGAAGCCAGCUGAAGCAUCCCAAGCCACAGGAACGGGAGAGAUAUUGGACGACCACACGAAUAACAACCCAAACAUUGUUGAGGCAGAGCCAAAGAAUGAUGUCAUAGAAGAAUCGUCCAGUGAAGGACACGAAGACAACCACGUUAAUCAAACUUUGCUCAAUUUAGUGAAGAAGAAAGAUUGGGAUGCUGCAAUGGAGUUUCUUAUCCAACAUCCCAAGGCGGUAACUGCAAGUACUAGGGAAGAUGGGACAAUUCUUCACCGGGCAGUCUUUUUUAAGAAGGUGGACAUUGCAAAAGAAUUGGUGCGCUUAAUGAGACCAAAAGACUUGGAAAUACAAGACUAUAUGGGUCUUACCGCUCUUCAUCGUGUUAUAAAACAUAUUCCAGAAAGCGUCGAACUAGCAAAAUGCAUGGUUGAAAAGAACAAGAAGUUACUUAGUAUUGUCCUUCCGUCCGAGCUAACCAUCCCACUUUUGGCGGGCAAAAUUACCCCACUUAUGCAGACUCAUAGUCUUCCUGGUCAUGAAGGAGGAGAAAAAAUGGCUCAAUACCUUUAUUCCGUCACUCCGCCCGAAACCUUGAACGAUUCCGAAUGCGCUAUGCUUAUUACCCGUGGUCUUAUGUUAAAAAGAUUUGAUAUUGCGUGGGAUUUAAUUCAGCGCCGUCCGGAGUUAGUCAUUGCUAAAGACUUUUAUGAGAGAACACCUUUAAAUGAACUAGCUGGUAUGCCUUCUGCAUUCUUAAGUGGAAGUUCGCUCAAUUUCUGGGAACAGUGGAUUUAUGACGGCAUAAAAAUAAAACCAAUGCCUACCAUUGAUAACAAAAAGGAGCCUAUUCCUACCACUGAUGGUGAUGUUUGUAUAAACGUUCAACAACCGGAAAAUGGCGACCAGAGUAAUAAAAGGCAAAGGCAUCUCAUUUGCUCAGGUACUAGUUUAUUUCGUGGACUAGUUGUCAAGACCUUGGGGAAACUUUUGGGAUUCAAUCGUAUAUAUCAAAUGAAAUUGGCCCAUGUUCGGAUCCUUGAAUUUCUACCUCGCAUGUGUGAAGUGAUUAAAAAUAAAGAUGUCAAAGAAUUGCAAGGCUUGGAAACAGCAUUGUUCUUAGCAAUAAAAAAAGGGCAUGUGGAGUAUAUUACAUAUUUAUACAGAGCAAAUUAUAAAGUCUCAGGCAUCACCAAUGAAAAAGGCCGGAACAUCUUUCAAUUUGCAGCUGAAUGUCGUCAACAUAAAGUUUUUAGUCUAUUAUAUGGACUAGAAGAGCGCAGGUGGGGAUGGUUCGUAGGUUGGAAAGAUAAGUUGAGCAAUAACAUGUUGCAUGUGGUAGGAACUAUUUCCUUCGCCGCACAAGUUAAUCUUAUUCGUGGUGCAGCUUUGCAAAUGCAAAGGGAACUGCAAUGGUUCAAGGAGGUGGAACGUUUUGCACAGCCUGUAGAUUAUGAAGUCAUAAAUAAAACGGAUGAGAUGACACCACGUGAAUUAUUUACCAAGGGUCACAAGGACUUGGUGAAAGAGGGUGAAAAGGCAAUGAAAGAUACAGCAACAUCUUGCACAGUCGUAGGGGCUCUCAUUGUGACUAUUAUGUUUGCUGCAGCAUUUACAGUUCCUGGUGGAAAUAAACAAGAUACAGGUUUUCCUAUAUUCUUAAGUAAGGAGGCAUUCAUAACUUUUAUAGUUUCAGAUGUUAUAUCGCUCUUUUCUUCCACAACUUCAGUAAUGAUAUUUUUGGGAAUCCUCACAUCGCGUUAUGCUGAAGAUGAUUUUCUCAAAUCAUUGCCAAUAAAAAUGAUAUUAGGCCUUAUCACCCUUUUUUUAUCUAUAGCAGCAAUGAUGAUAGCUUUUUCUUCAGCCCUUUCCAUUAUGCUUCAUGGAAAAUCAUCUAUUGCAAUUCUAGUUACUUUGCUUGCAAGUGUUCCAGUUGCAUCUUUCAUAUGGAUGCAAUUUCCCCUCCUUCUUGAGUUAGUCAUUUCUACUUAUGGAGCAGGCGUGUUUGACAGGAAAAUAAAAAAUUGGCCUCGUGAAGACCCUAAAUACUCGGCCUCGUGUUAAUGUAAUUAUGAAUGAUGCUUAUUAGUUUUGGAUUGCUACAAAUUUGUUUUGAAGUUUGUAAUGGAUAGUUGUUUGGAUCCUGUAUAAUAAAACCAAAUCCACCUGGUUGUAAUGAAAAGACAUUAAUGUACGUGUUUGAACAUUUAGUCUUC